AAUCAUGUUUUCUAUAUAAUGUUAUUUGAAUAUUUUUUUUCUUCUUUUUCAUCAUCUUAAUUUCAUUUCAUUAUAUUUACUCAUUCACUUUAACAUAAUUGUAAUACGAUUGAUAGAGAAUAGGGUGGAGUUAAAGGAAAGGUGAGAAAGCAAGAGAGAGAGAGAGAGAAAGAGAGAGAGAGUUUGAAGGAGGAGAAGAUUUUCUUUGAAACUUUUUCAGAAGAUGAAAUAGUUGUAAAUUCAGUCAAGUUCUGAGUCCGGUUUUUCGUUUGAGUUCCAUUCUUAGAAUUUCAAUUGUUUUUCGUUUUUUUUCUUCUUCUAUUGGUUUGCUUUUUAUUAAUUGUUUUCUAAAUUAUGGAUAAUUUCAAUCAUCCUCUUAUCGAUUAUGAUUAUAAUCAUUAUUCUCAACCUUAUCCUCAUCAUCCUUACCAUUUAAAUUAUUAUCCAAAUAGUGCACAUCUUGACCAACUCGGUGGUAAUUUUAUUCAACAAUCAACACAACAACAUUCAUAUUCACUCUCUCAUCAACAUCAACAAUCACAUCAGAACCAUUUCGAUAAUUGUAAUCAUCAUCUUUAUCAUGAUCAUCAUCGUUUUCCAUCAACAGCAUCUUCAUCAUCUGACAAUUUCACCCCAACAACAUUAAUCAAAAGUGAGAACAUUGAUCCACCGGUAACGGCAACACCUUCGGCUACCUCAUCAUCAUCUUCAUCUCCUUCAACCACAUCGAUCACUACAUCGUGGAAAUCAGCAACAUCGACCUCAGGUCAACCCUCUUCGGGGAAAACAAGAACUCGAGAUAAAUAUCGAGUUGUUUAUUCUGAUCAUCAAAGGUUAGAAUUAGAAAAAGAGUUUCAUACAUCAAAAUACAUAACAAUUAAGAGAAAAGCUGAAUUGGCGGUGAAUCUCCAGUUAACGGAACGACAAGUGAAAAUUUGGUUCCAAAAUAGAAGAGCCAAAGAGAGGAAACAAUUAAAAAAGAAAGAGGAAAAAUGUUUCAACCUUUAUUGAUUCAGGUUACAGAACUUUCAUUAAUUUAUCACAAUCAUCAAUGUAACGGAGCUCGAGAUACAAAAGGAUUCACGAAUUGUCUUGGACAUUUGGACUUAAGUGGCCUCAUUAUCAUCAUAAAUUCAUCAACAAUUCAUUUAAUUGUCUCAAAGUAUUAAGAUGAAUUCAUGUAAAACAUAAAAAUACAAAAGAUUUACAAUCGAA